GUGGGGGGGGGGUUCACUUUGAGAAAAUCAGACUUUGAAGAAAAAAAAAUAGGCUGGUAAACUCUUCAAACGCGGUCCUAAAGUGGCGUUAAGAACGGCAGUGGGCGUUUUAGCUCACAUUCAGCGUUGUAAAAGGUAAAUGAUUUGUAUUUCGUCACAUGAUGAUGGAUUAUAGUGUUGCACUCAUCUUGUUUGCCUAGACUUGUUUUUGUCUCGCACCAAGAUGGACUAUCGGCCUUUCAUUAAUGAGGGGAGACCAAGUUAUGGUGUGGCCAAUCCCGGUUAUUUGACAGCAGUCCAGGGCCCUUCUCAUGCAAUGGUAGCCCCACCCGUGGCUGAGUCGAAUUCUGGCCCAAGCGCUCCACCAGCCGGCAUGUUCGACGACAUGCCCGGCUAUGAAGGCACGGUGGCUGGGGGAGGAGGAGGAUUUGUGCCUCCCCCAAUGCCUAUGCAGCCUACUCCUCAGCCUCAGCCUGGACCUGACCAACCACAGUGGAAUAUUCCAUCUAUAAGUGAGACUACAGCACGAGAGGCCUUUGCUCUGUGGGCUUCCAGCAAGUGUUGUUACAGUUCAGCACCAGCAAAAGAUGGCGUGAUCACCAACAUGGAGGCUUUUAAUACCUAUCGGUACCGCCUGGAAACCUUUACUGAGUCAAGGUCUACAGAGUGGAGUUACGAGCCAUACAAUGGCCAACCAGUAGAUGCAUUCGCUCAACCCCCUCCAGGGCCCUGGGAUAUUCCUGCGACACCCAAUUAUUUUGUGGAUGGCAAACAGAUCAUCAAAGUUCCUUACACUUCAUCUAUGAAGAGCUGCCAUGUUUGCGUAGGAAUGGGGCGAAAACCUUGCAAAGACUGUGCUGGGGCUGGCAAUAAAGUGUGCUGGGUUUGCAAUGGAGCUGGCUUCCGUCACGGUGAUGAAAGAUGCAAUCAUUGUUUUGGCAGAGGGAGGGAAAACUGCCACCACUGCCAGGGGCAAGGAUCCAUGCAAUGUCCCAAAUGUCAAGGAAAACAGCAGCUUUUGGUCUACAUCAACCUGACUUUAAAAUGGACAAACAACUGUGAUGACUAUGUUGUGGAACAGUCCAGUGGCCUUAAGGUGGACAACCUCAGCAAAGUGUCUGGCAAGGAGCUUUUCAGAGACUCGCAGUACUUGGUGUACCCAUUGAUGGGGUUUCCAGACCCUGCUGUGGUAAAUGCUGCACAGCGUUUAGUCAGUGAACACCAGGGCCGGUUCUCCCAAACGUCUCGCAUUCUGCAACAGCGUCAAACUAUCGAGCUGAUCCCUGUGACCAAAGUUACCUACGCAUGGAAAGGGAAAACAAACAUUUACUUUGUGUAUGGAAAUGAAUUCAAAGUCAAUGCAGACAACUACCCAGCCACCUGUUGCUGUACUGUGAUGUAACUGUAAAAGCUGUCAUCCUACCUGAAUACUGAAGCAACAAUGAAACCAUUUAAUCGUGCAUUUUGAUGUAUGCACUCAAUAUUUUAUAUGCCAAUGUAUUUCUUUUGGAAAGUCAUGAAUAUACUGUUAAUUUUUUUUUUUUAACCUAGUGAAUGCCACACCACAAAAUAAAAGCCUGAGAAAUGAUAUACCACAUUUCCUUGAAUUGCCGCCGGGGCGCUAAUUAAUUUAAAACCUCUUCUCACUCCUGCGCUUAUCAAAGGCAUGCGGUAAAAGUAGGCAUGCGCUAAUUAUUUUAAAACCUCUUCUCACUCCGGCACUUACCAUAGGCAUGCAGUAAAAAUUUGAGUGUGAUGUAAGCUUGGACCUUAAAUCCUACUGAAUAGUUCUUAAUCUUCUUCCCUUUAUGCGAUUUCAAAUUGCCGGUAUUGAAAUCAGCCUCCUCCAUUUUGAAAAUGAUGACAGGGGAAGGGUCACUUGUGACGUCACUUGUUUGACCAGGCGGUAAUACUAAGUAUGCGCUAAUUAUUUUGGGAAGCGAGUUUGACCCGGCAGUUAUUCAAGGCAGGCACAUACUAUAUGCCCUGCGGCAAUUCAAGGAAACACGGUAUUUUUAUACAAACACUUUUCACUGAAUAUAGAACUUUCGUUACAAUUUGUAUUUUUAUAUCACUUACCAUGUGUUUGAUUUCACUAUUGAUAAUGUACCGCAUAAAUAUAUGUUCUAUCAUUGUAUGACACAUGUUUUGUAUGCUUGUUUAAUACGUGCAUGCGUUUGCAUCAAAUACUCGUACAACAUGCAUUUAUUGAGAAAUCCCAAUAAACGGUUGCGUAAUGUUUUG